AUCGAUCCCUUAAGUUUCAGAAAAGUUAUGCUCGAAAAACUAUUUGCGAAUACCUUUUUGGCCAGUACUGUAGAUGUAUAUAUAUCCGACAACUUGCCCUAUCAUGAAUUUCUGCGCCGCUAUGAAUUUGUAUGGAUCAUGACAACUUUCAAAGAAUAUAUCGGGUUUGCGGCGGUCCUAUGUUGUUCACUGGGCCAAAUUUUUGUUUUAGUUUUCCUUGGUUAUGUUUUAAUUUUGUAUGAGUUGGAAAGACAAGCUACAAGUUUAAGUAAGGAGGCCAGGAAGGAGUGGAAAGAGUUUAUUGACGAAAUUCGGAAUCAUGGUACAAUAAUCGUCAUUUUUUUCUGCACAAUUUCCUUGUCCUGUUUUGUCCAAUUUUUUGUCAAAGAAGAAACGGAUGUGUCUUUCCCUGUUGCAUUCGCAUUUUUGAUUUUUGUCAGUGCACCGAUUGCGGCAAACGUAUUAUUUCUGUGGAACGACCCUACUUAUCGGUCAAAACUAUUUGGCAAAUUUUUUAUUAAAAACAGGCGUCAACCGACAGAUAUAGUCCGAGUUGCAUCGAGAGAAAUGUUUUGA